UCGACAUGGAUAUUUUCAAAUGCCAACGUCUGAUCUGGCUUUGCGCAACUAUUUAUGUAACCGUUUAUUGUACCGAUGUACCUAAAAAUAUUGCUUUUAUGACAGAUUAUAUCAAAUGGAGGAAAAUUAACUAUAUGAUCAUUGUUGAUAAGCCGGAAAAUGCAGUAAGUACCGUGAAAAUGGCAAAAGACAACUUAAAUACUUUUGUAUCGAAAAACAUUUAUUUUACUCUUCACACAUCUCUGAAAUAUUCCGAAGUGACUUUAAAUCAAACCAAAGUUAAAAUUGGGAUCAUUACUUUCUUGGAAUCAAACUUUUCAGUGACAGACUUCUUAGAACAGGCCAACAAAAUCAGUAGAUAUGGUGAAAAAGCAGCUUGGUUAAUUGUGGAUAAUUGUCAUUAUCUGAUGACCAUAAUGGAAAAGCUACGAUACGCGAGUUUCGAUUUGAAUGCUGACAUCGUCAUUGCAGCAGAUCCAAUUUACAGUCUGCCUCUUACUUUGAAUACCACAGAUAACACAACUCAAUGGGACAUAUCCUUCAGUCAAACAGAAGAUUUUUUACCUUUUCGAUACACGGGAAAUCAGACAUUAAAUUUAACUCAGACUUGUUUUGAAAAAGACAAUUCAUCAAUCUUCAAUCAAGAGAGUUAUUUGUUGUACCAGAUCUACAAAAUAAAAAGAAAUAUGAAUACUUCCUUGGUUGCUCAUAAACUAGGUAUAUGGGAUCCAGUAAACGUUACAAGGAAUCUAAAGCCCUUUGUGGACUCCGACAGUAGACAGGAGUUUUACAAAUUUCCACUAAUUUUUGGAGUAGUUAAUACUGCUGCUGAAGGAACUCUUAAAGAGAGUGAUAUUGCACCAAAGAGAAGGCAUUUUGCAAAUUAUUUUGUCGACCUCUUUAAUGCAAGUAAAGUUUUUAUGGGAUUUGCCAAAAUUGGACAUAGAGAAAACGGAGAAUGGACUGAUUUCUUAAGUGCUAUAAAAUCAGAAGACGUAGAUUUAAGUGCAGAAGGUAUUUCAAGAACUCCGGAACGAACUAAUGAUUUCAGCUUUAGUUAUACUAUCAUCAGAAAUACAAGGAACAUCUACAUUGAACCUGCAAAAUCGCAAAAAAUGCGGGAUAUAUUUCUCGUCCCGUUUGAUUACAGACUGAUACUGUGCGUUGUCGUAACUGGCCUAAUCUUGGCCACUGCGAUAACUUUAAACAACAUGGUCGACUCUAGAUUUUGCUCAAAAGAUAUCCAGAAUAGAACGAAAAGUUUUUCUGAAUCUGUGGUGUGGUGUAUCGGAGUAUUCUCCCAGCAAGGAAGUAUUUGGAAAACACGAACAAAUCCAGAAAAAAUCAUCGUGCUGAUUUCCCUAAUGUUUACGUUACUAAUAUAUAACUCUUAUUCGGCGUUUAUUACUUCUGUGUUAUCUGUAGAAUUGUCCAGCAUUCGUAGUGUUAAAGAUUUGCUGGAGAGCGACUACACCAUUGGAUAUGCUAAAGAUAGCCAAGAUGAAGAUUACUUAAGAUCGGUUAACAUCAGUGAACUUAAGCAAAUAUACUUAAGAGGAUAUAUUCAAAAUGACAUUACUAACAUUUCCGAAGGUCUGCAGAAGGUAAUAGGAGGUAAUUAUGGACUAUUUGCAUCGGGGGAAGAGGCCAGACCGGAACUAGCUAAUCUGAGUAACUGGAAAUGCAAGUUUGAUAUCGAUGAGAUCAAGAUUCAGUAUACACAAGAGUAUUUUGGGAUUCUUAUGUCAAAGAAGUCGCCAUAUAAAAGGCUGAUUAAUUUAAGCGUCAGCAGAAUGUACGAAACUGGAAUUUAUGAUUACAUCUUUUCUAUAAUAUAUCCCGCAUUGAUGAAAUGUGAAAAACCAAAAACCUUUCAAAGUGCUAGACUUGCCGAUCUAUCCACGGCCUUCUUUAUCUUACUUUUAGGAUGUGCUGCAAGCUUCACCAUUAUGAUUCUUGAAUGUGUCUGGAAAAAAAGACACAAAAUAUACAAAAACAUAAAGAAAAGAUGGACACACGAACAAGAUUUUCAUAUGAAUAGAUACUAUCAACAAAAUAAUUGUAUGUAUUCACUUCCCCCGAGAUAUCCUGGGGAUGUAACCAUAAACCAUGGUCCGAGGAACAAGUUCCAUGGGUUCAUUAAUUAAGAAAUGUUUUUAAAUUAUACCUACUCGGGACGUUAUCUUUCUUUGAAAUGACCAUACAUUUUUUUUAUAAAAUUCCUAACAGAGGAAGUUUAACCCUUCUCUCUUAGGACAUACAGCACGCGAUAUAUCUUAUAUUAUCUGUACACCUACUUCUCCAAAUACCAUUUUCGUAGAUGUCACCAAUUAUUCCUCUUAGCAGCAUGCGUUUAAAAAAUAUGAGCGGAAUAUGCUCAUUCAUCUGCCUUGGAGAUUGUCCACGCUUCUGAUCCACAUGUCAUAUUAGAUUCAGUAGACUAGCUAUGGUUGGUACUAUGUAUUGGUGAAUAAAGCCUGGAGAAAAACUUGUGAAACUGGAGGCUAAACUCUAGGGCUGUAGCAACAUGGACUUGCGGAAAUUCGUCCUUGAGCAUUGCAUCCGUUUAUUACUAUAGUCUGUUUUUAAACCAAGAGGAGUAAUUCAAAUUUGUUUGUAAUUGGUCUAACCUCAGGCAGGUUUACUCCACCCUUAUCAAAUUUUAACACUAAUGUCAUUUAUAAAAUUUUGACACUAUUGGUAUUACAUAGGUUAAUUAAGUCAUAUCAGUAAUUUUUUGUAUUUUCUGCAUUAUUCCUUUAAUUUUUAGAUUGUUAGUCUGUUUUAUAAUAUAAAAAAAAACAGUUGUAUUUGGAACUCUUUAGCGACGUAUUGGUAUAAUAAAAUAUUUAUGGAUUACCGUCAAAGCCGAUAUGAUCAACCAGAAAAGAAGAUGUAUUUGGUGAUAUUUCUAGCGACUUUCUUGAGUGUAAAUCUGUUUUUUAGUUUACCUCCUCUUGGUUUAAACACAAAGCUUAGUAAUCUAGUAUAUUACAGAUAUGAUAUUUUCAUGAAAAAUUGUCCAGAGUUUGAUUUAUAGUUUCUGCGUAUUUUAUUAUAUUCUACGUCCACCGUGAAUCAAUUGUAGUCAGUGGCGGCUCGUCAGGGUCGGCAGGGUCGGCAGUGCCGACCCACACAUUUAUGGACACAUUAUAGAUUUUUUAAAUAUUUAAUUUAAUCGGAGUUGAUGAUAUUCGUUUCUGUGAAAUAAAAAAUAUAUCUGUGAGAUAAUACAUACUAAAUUUUAUUCAUUGUUUUUAAAAGACUUCGAUCCCGAUACGUUAGUUAAGUGAUCCCUGUGCGCUGUGCGUAAGAGACUUUUCAAAUUCAUGAUCCUAUAGCCAUGCACCCGCACCCGAUUGCGAUUGUGUGAAUUCUUAUUAUAAAGCCCGGCACGGCAUGCCGUGCCCAGAUCGAGGAUUUGCUAUAUAAUAAGAAGCUAUGAAAUAUUAGCCGAUAGGCAACCAAUUAUACAUUCUCCGUACUUAUUUGAAUGCAAAGUACGGCAGCGGGUACCUCUGCCGAGGCCGAGCGGUGAUCUGCAAACGGCAGAAACUCACGUACGUAUCCACGUAUUGCCUUGCUGGCGCGCCCGGAAUAAUUAUGAAAUAGGUAAGUAGUUUUACGUCUUUUAAUUUUUAAUAUUAUUAUUGAUAUUGUAAUUCUUUUAAGUUUUUUGGAAUUACCAUUUAGGGGACAGGAUGUAUCGAAGCAUUCGUUAAAUCAAGUUAAUUAUAGAGAACAAAUAAAAUUCUUUAACAAAUACGAUCUGGAAUUUUCUAAUUUAUUUUCUGACUCGAAGAAUAUACCGGCGUACCUAAAAGAGCACAGAAUGAAAGAAUCAAUUAGUAUUUACAUUUUGAUCCUUUUCCGUAGAAGUAGACGAAACUACUGAUAGAGGUAACAUGUCAUUCACAAGUAUCAAUAAUUGUUCUUCGAUACGCGUUACGUCUAAAUUUAUGAGAGGUUGUUAGGUUUUCAGACAUGAGUAGAAGCCAUAAGACAGAAUAUAUUUUUGGUGUUUUAAUUUAAAGGAUAGAUUCAAUUUUUUGAUAUCAAAAAUAAAUUGGUAAGGCAAAUUUAUGACGGGGCUGUCUUGAUGUCCAGUGAAUUGUAUGGUCUCCGGACAAAAGUUAAAACAAUUGCACCAGGCAAAACUAUUAUUUACUCACUGUUAUAAGUCAUUGACCUCUUUGACUAUUCAAAAUUUAAAAGUUACGCCAAAGAAUUUUCAAAAUAUUAUUAAAAUAUUAUUCAUUAAAAAUUAUCCAUCAUUUUUUAAUCAAAUAAAAUAAGAAAAUUAAUUAACAGUUUUAUAUUCUGAUCCAAAUAUUUUCGGAAGGUGGGAUAAGUUACAGACUAUGUAUAAUUCUAUAUACUGCAAUUCAUUAGGUACAACAAACUGUUCCCGAAAUUAAUAAAUUAUUGUGCUCAAAUGUGGGCAAAUUCUGUCUCAAAUGAACGGGAUUUCUCUUGUCUCAAAAGAGUCAAAAUGUAUUGUCGAAACACCAUGAAACAGGAGAGAAUGUCAAACUUGUCUCAAAUGUCGAUAGAAAAAAACUUUUAAAAUCCCUCCAAAACAAUAAUAAAUUUUACAAUUACAUACAUUAUAACCCAUUUUGCUACUUCGAAACAACAUAGACUAAAGUUAAUUUAUAAACAGGUAUAGUUUCUAAAUUUAUAGGAAAAAAACAAAAAAAAAACAAAAAAAAUAAAAAAAAACAAAAACCAAAGAUCUCCUAUGAAAUUAAAGCCUUUGGAGACAAAACCUUGCCGAUCCUGUCCCUAAAGCCAAGAGCCGCCACUGAUUGUAGUGUUCCUUGCUCAAAUAACAUUCUUAAAAGUAGUUUACCUAUAAUAUUUCCAUUAUUUUAUCAUUUUUGCAUUCUACAAGAAAGUGUUUGACUUAUAGUUGCUUUGAAAAGUUUUACAUUCGUAACUGUUGUAAGACAUGUGAUGUUUGACAGUAAAUUUUUCAAGAAUAAUGUAAAAUCACUUUCCCUUAUUUAACAUCUUUGCAUAACAUAGUCGCACCAAAAAAUGUUGGU